AUGGAUACCCAAACCAUUCUUAAUGUUAGUCGUGGCCAAAGUGAAUCCAAUUCUGGAGAAGACCCUAACCAAAAUAACCAAAAUGGUUUUAGAUGUUUAAUUUGCAACCUUGUUUUCCUUUCCUUUCAAGCACUCAUAGCCCAUGCUCUGUCUCAUUUUCCUCUGGAUGACCCUGCUAUAAGAGAAAUUAUUCCAAAUCUGAUGGAGUCAGAUUUUGGCAGAUUAAUGAUGACGCAAGAAACAUGUGUCUUUUAUAACAAUAUGGUUUUCCAGGCACCAUCAGAUCAACCUAUGGUGAUGCAGGAAACUCAAAUUCAUGUUAUGAACAGGGUUUUGGAGGCACAAGCAGAAGAACCUAUGGUGAUGUCUGAACCUAGAGCAAACUCAUUUCCCUGUGUUACCCAAGAGACUGUUGCUGCUUCGCAAUCACUCCAAGGUCCACCCCAUUCUAUGCUAUCUGUAAGUGCUGAUGUUAUUGAAGUGGCACAAUUACUUUUUUCAUUAAUCCACCAAACGGAGAUGGAGGUUAGUCCAAUUGAUGGAACUAGGCCAUAUAUCAAUCUACUGGAUAAACCCAUCAAUGACCAAGGUUUCAAUCAGGUUAUCAUCAAUGAUGAUGAUGCACUGGAUCUUGCAUUAAAGCUCUAA